CCUGCUUUCAACUUCACUCGAGCAAACCGUCCAGUCAUCCACGUACUCCAACAUGGCUUUCCGCUACCUCAUCUCUCUGUGCGCUCUGGUGGCCUGCGCCAAUGCUGGUCUCCUGGCCAGCCAUGUGGCCAUUGCCAAUCCGUCGGUGGAUGCCGUCGCCUCCACUCAGCAGAAUGUGGUGAGGUCCUUUGCCGGCACUGUUUCCAGCUACUCGAAGGCCGUGGACACCCCGUACUCCAGUGUGAGGAAGAGCGACACUAGGAUCCAGAACAAUGUCUACACUCCUGCUAUUAAGACGACCACUUAUGGUGCUGCUCCUCUGUACACUCAGGCUACUCCCAUUGUGUCCAAGACUUUGGUCCAUGCUCCAGCUCCCGUUGUGGAGAAGACUGUGUACGCUGCUGCUCCAGCUCCAGUUCUGGCCAAGACUGUUUACUCCGCUCCUGCUCCAGUUGUGGCCAAGCACGUUUAUUCCGCUCCAGCUCAGGUUUAUGCUGCUGCCGCCCCAGUUGUGGCCAAGACCGUGUACUCUGCUCCUGCUCCAGUUUAUGCUGCUCCCGCUCCUGUUGUAGCCAAGACCGUGUACUCCGCACCAGCUCCAGUUCUGGCCAAGACCGUGUACUCUGCUCCCGCUCCAGUUUAUGCUGCUUCCGCUCCCGUUGUGGCCAAGACUGUGUCCUAUGCCGCCCCACUGGCCACCACCAAUGUGAACCAUGGACCAGCUGCCACCACCUACACCCACAAUGCUCCAGCUCUGGGCGUCUCCAGCUAUGGAAGCUCCCAGACGGUUCACUAUUCCCCCGCCGAGAGUGUGUCGCACAUGAGCUUCGAUGGAUUCGGAACCCACUGGGGUUUCUAAAUAAGUCUUGGCCUUUGGGCUUAAGCAAUUGUUAAUGUUUGGUGGUCAAUAAAGACGGAGAUCGAUUGUUGCAAAUUAAA